AUGGUGGUGAAAGGUGCUUUUGAGCUCAUCAUGGAUGAGAGUAAAGCCGAAGAGGCAAAGCACACAAUACAUUCUACACAUCCCAGGAGAAGAACUGAAUACAAAGCUCCAUCAGUUAAACUACCCGAGAGUUUUGAGAAAAUAGUUGUUCAUACCUUGACUCACAACUUUCGGAAUGCUACCGGCUUAGUGAGAGCACCACUGAGAUUACCUAUCAAAUCAAACUAUGUUCUUGUUAAGAUCAUUUAUGCUGGUGUAAAUGCUAGAGAUGUAAAUUUUAGCUCAUGCCGCUAUUUUGGUGGCAAUAACAAUGACACUGCAGCCGUCUUCCAUUCAAUGCAGGAUUUGAGGCCAUGA